AUUCUUUUCUCAUUGGCCCGUUCAUUUUCUUGUGCAGUGGGGUUCUCUUAGACCUUUCUGACCAGCCAAAACUUUGCCCACCAAAAUUCAUCAUUCAAUUCCAAACCACGAACCACUUUCUUCCUCCUUGACAACUUUAAGCAACCACAACUUAACACCGCCAUCAUGGUCAAGAAGAGAAAGAACAACGGCCGCAACAAGAAGGGCCGCGGCCACACCAAGCCUAUCCGCUGCAGCAACUGCUCGCGAUGCACUCCCAAGGAUAAGGCAAUCAAGCGCUUCACCAUCCGCAACAUGGUCGAGUCUGCUGCCAUCCGUGAUAUCUCGGAUGCCUCCGUCUUCUCCGAGUACACGGUUCCCAAGAUGUACCUCAAGCUGCAGUACUGUGUCUCUUGCGCUAUCCACGGCAAGAUUGUCCGUGUCCGAUCGCGCGUAGGUCGCCGUAACAGGGCACCUCCCCCUCGUGUGCGGUACAACAAGGAUGGCAAGAAGGUGACCCCCACUCAGACUGCUAAGGUCGCCUAAAUGGUUUCGUUACGGUGUCUUGGGGAAUGAACAGGGUCUGGGAUGAAUCAGGUCAUCGGAAAUGGUUUCGCUUUGCAUGAAAAACGGUUUUCGGCAUGAUUUCUGAGAUAAUGACUUCUAUGAAUGAAGAUCAUACCAUGAUGAACAACUUACAUCUUCGACUUUGCCUGUGAUGAUUCCACCUAAGUGACUAUUUCUCCAGGGUGGUAAGCCGAGACGGAUUCGCCCAUUCUCCACGUUUAUUAGA